GGAAAUUAAAUUUACCUUAACGAAGGUACUAUUAUUAUUAUUAAGUUCAAGUUAAUCGUGUUGUUGUUGUUCUUCUGCCCCUCCUCUCCUCCGCCCUUCCCAGCCCCUCUUCUGUCUGCUCCCCCUCUUCUCCUCCUCUCCCUCGUCCAUGCGUCGAUUCUCUCGGAGCCCAUCGCUGGUCUGGAACGCAGCAAAGCUCCCACGGCCUGCCUCCAUUAUUAUUCCCCGACAUCGCUGGACAUCACUCCCGUCCUCUCCUUCCAGAUCUCUCUCCUCCCUUCGAACGACUUCCGCUCCGUCAUCGCGCAUUCCCGCCCGUCUUGCACCGCUGAAUCAGGCCUCCAAGCGAUACUGCUCAUACCGCAGGAUGUGUCGCUCCAGACAUGCCGAUGCGCCCUCGGGCUCGACUACCGUCCCGGGUCGAGAGGUGCUGCCGACUAAUGUCAAGCCAUUGCACUAUGACUUGACUCUGGAACCGGACUUUGAGAAGUUCACCUACGAAGGAACUGUGAUCAUUGAUCUCGACGUCGUAGAGGACACCAAUUCCAUUUCGCUGAACUCAAAUGAGAUCGACAUCCAUUCCACCACCGUGUCCGCAGGAGGAGCGGUGGUGACCUCCAGCCCAGAGGUGACCUACGACCAGGAUGCGCAGACUACGACAGUCAAGUUCAAGGAGACCAUCCCUGCCGGAUCAAAGGCCCAGAUCAAACAGACUUUCACGGGCCAGCUCAAUGACAACAUGGCCGGGUUCUAUCGGUCCUCUUACAAGGACAAGAACGGCCAGAAGAAGUACAUCGCGACGACGCAGAUGGAGCCCACGGAUGCCCGGAGGGCCUUCCCUUGCUUUGACGAGCCCGCCCUGAAGGCCAAGUUUACCGUCACGCUGGUCGCAGACAAGGGUAAAACCUGUCUCAGCAACAUGGACGUAGACCAGGUCUUCGAGGUCGACUCGAAAAUCACGGGCGGCAAGAGACAGGCAACCAAGUUCACAACCUCCCCGUUGAUGUCGACGUACCUCGUGGCCUUUAUUGUCGGCGAUCUCAACUACAUCGAAACCAAGAACUUCCGGGUUCCCAUCCGUGUGUAUGCUACUCCGGACCAGGACAUCGAACACGGCCGGUUCUCCCUGGAACUGGCCGCCAGGACGCUUGCCUUCUACGAGAAAGCUUUCGAUAGCGAAUUCCCUCUUCCCAAGAUGGAUAUGGUCGCCAUCCCGGACUUUAGCGCUGGUGCCAUGGAGAACUGGGGUCUGAUCACAUACCGUAUCGUCGAUGUUCUUCUUGAUGAGAAGACUAGCGGCGCCUCGAUGAAGGAGCGAAUUGCGGAGACGGUCCAGCAUGAGCUUGCCCACCAGUGGUUCGGAAACCUUGUCACCAUGGACUUCUGGGAUGGUCUCUGGCUCAACGAGGGGUUUGCGACCUGGAUGUCCUGGUAUUCGUGCAACGCCUUCUACCCGGAGUGGAAGGUCUGGCAGACCUACGUCAUUGAUAACCUCCAGAGCGCGUUGUCCCUGGACUCCCUGCGGAGCAGUCACCCGAUCGAGGUCCCUGUGAAGCGGGCAGAUGAGAUCAACCAGAUCUUCGAUGCCAUCUCCUAUUCGAAGGGCUCGUCGGUCCUGCGCAUGAUUUCCAAGUACAUGGGCGAGGAUGUCUUCAUCCAGGGUGUCCGGGAUUACAUUAAGAAGCAUGCUUACGGAAACACCCAGACGGGUGACUUGUGGGCAGCCCUGGCUAAGGCCAGUGGCAAGCCCGUCGAGUCAGUGAUGGAUAUCUGGACGAAGAACGUCGGUUUCCCCGUCGUGACAGUCUCAGAAAACCCUACCAAGUCCACAAUCAACGUGAAGCAGAACCGUUUCCUUCGCACUGGGGAUGUCCGUCCCGAGGAAGAUAAGACGAUCUACCCCGUCUUCCUUGGUCUUCGCACCAAAGACGGCGUGGAUGAGAGCAUCACCCUCAGCGAGCGCGAGGGCGAGUUCAAGGUUCCUGAUCUUGACUUCUUCAAACUCAACGCUGAUCACACCAGCAUCUACCGGACAUCUUACACCCCUGAACGACUCGAGAAGCUUGGAAAGGCUGCCAAGGAUGGCCGCUUGACGGUUGAAGACCGUGCGGGUAUGAUUGCUGAUUCGGGAGCGCUGGCAGCAUCUGGGUACCAAAAGACCUCUGGUCUGCUGUCUCUACUCAAGGGUUUCGACACCGAGUCAGAGUAUGUUGUGUGGAACGAAAUGCUCACCCGCAUUGGCACACUACGCGCUGCUUGGUUGUUCGAGGACCAGAGGGUCAAGGAUGCUCUUAAGGCUUUCCAGCGCUCCCUUGUUAGCGAGAAGGCCCACCAGGUCGGCUGGCAGUUCUCCCCGGACGAUGACCACAUCCUGCAGCAGUUGAAGGCUUUGACGUUCGGUAGCGCUGGUAUGUCUGACGAUCCCGUGGUCGUGAAUGCUGCCAAGGACAUGUUCAAGCGUUUCGCCGAGGGUGACCGGAGCGCCAUUCACCCCAAUAUCCGUGGCAGUGUCUUCAGCAUUGUCUUGAAGAACGGCGGCGAGAAGGAGUACGACGUCAUCUUGGACCGUUUCCGCAACGCCCCUACUUCCGACGAAAAGAACACUGCUCUGCGUACCCUCGGUGCCGCUGAAGACCCCGCUCUCAUCAAGAGGACCUUGGAUCUUGCCAGCGGUGACGAGGUCAAGAACCAGGAUAUUUACAUGCCGCUUGCUGGUUUGAGAAGCCAUACCAAUGGUAUCGAGGCCCGGUGGGAAUGGCUGAAGACGAACUGGGAUGCCAUCUACAAGCGACUGCCGCCGUCUCUGGGAAUGCUGGGAAGCGUAGUCCAGAUCACUACCUCCAGCUUCUGCACGGAGAAGCAGCUGAAGGAGGUGGAAGAGUUCUUUGCUUCAAAGGAUACGAAGGUAAGUCGGUACAUUUAGCCAUAGAGGGAGACAAGAGUGAGAUUUGGCUGACAUGUGCCGUGUUGUAGGGUUACGACCGUGCUGUCGAG